AUGAAAAGUCAACUCCAACGUGAAAUCAACCAACGAAAAUACGAAAUUGAUGAAGUGCUCAAAAUAUCAAAAGCUCAAUCGGCUACAGACAUUUGUUUUUUAGUCGAUUGUACGUGUAGUAUGAAAAAGUAUAUAGUUGCAACAAAAACACAAAUUCAUCAACUGACUGAUACUAUUAUUCAAUUAUACGCCAUCAAGCCUCGUCUGGCUUUUAUUGGCUAUCGAGAUACUGAUACAGAUCCUGAACAGCUUGAUUUUACGGAUGACGUUGAUACAUUUUAUAUCUUUUUGGAGAAAUUAAAGAUGACUAGUGGUCAUGACAGAUGCGGGCUUGAAAUUGUGCCUAAGCUAUCCUGGUCGAAUCCAAAUCGUGUACUGAUUCAUAUAUGUGAUGCGCCGUGUCAUGGACAAGAUUAUCACACGUUUACAAAAUCGAGACACGACAAGUAUCCAAAGGGCGAUCCAAAAAACCGAGAACUUUCAAAAUUAUUGCUGAACAUUAAACGCUCAAAGAUCAUCUAUUGUUCAAUACAGUUAAAUAAGUCAGUAAAGAAAAUGUUUGAAGAAUUUAUUUUUAUAUAUGGGACAAUAUUCGAAAUACAUGUGAACGAUCCAAACACUUUGAUGAAACACAUUUCUAAGCAAACUAGUUCUAUUAUUAUGAACAGUAUUGAAUUGACGAUGUCUAGUUUUCGAACAUCAAAUUUGCCAUUAAAAUCGUACACUUUGCUUAAGAAAAUGCCUGAUUGGAAUGCAAUAGAAGUACACGCAGUUCAUACUACUGAAAUUGUACAACCACAAGCAAUGGAUGACAUAUUUCGUCCUUUACUUUUUGGGCAAGGUAGCGCUCGCAUGAAAAUAGCAAGGAAUCCUUUUGAGCAAGGAUCACUUCGAUUUGUUUUCUGUGGACAAUUAUCAAAUGAUGAUUUUGAUUUGGUUGACGUCGUCUUCAAAGAAUUCGCUAGCAGUGAUCCAAAAAUGAACGUUUUAGAGGUCUAUCGAGAACAACUCGAAAUUCAAGUGAUUGCUCAGUUUUUAGCUGAUAAAUUUAACACUGAUCUAAGCCAUCUGCUAGAAAAAGCCAAUAUACAUAAAUAUUCUACAGUACUUCAAGCCUUCAGUCAUUGGACGUAUCAUAUUACUGCUGGCCGUUAUAUGGUUGUUGAUUUGCAAGGUGCCAAAACAGACAACGCCUAUAUCCUUACUGAUCCGGCAAUACAUUGUGAUGAUAUAUUACGGUUUAAGCAUACACGCACUAAUCUUGGAGUGAAGGGUAUGGAUCGAUUUUUCAAUACACAUGUGUGCAGUGAAAUAUGUGCUAGACUGGAGCUACCAACGGAAAAGUCACAGCUACUCAGUAAAAUCAAGACGAACGCUUACGAAUCAUUUGGAUAUGCUGACCUGCUGGAAACUGUUGACCAAAUGGAUGAGGCUACAAGUAAAUUUGAAAUAAUGUACCUCGAAACUGAACAUCAACAAGAUAAUACAACAUCUUUUUAA